CAGCCGAGUGCGUGACAGGGAGCAGAUCUAGCGCUGAGUCAGUGAGAGUUAUGCAUGCUUAGUGGAGCCAUCACGCUACGUCUGCUCGCAACUGCUUCUCACAAAGUACCCCGAGCAGUCAGACCUACGCCAACAGUUCGUCGUCGUCACUCGCAAAGAGCUAUGGCAAGCAUGGCAACGCCAGGAGCACAUCCUGUCUCUUCCUCCCAGACGCCUACCCACUCUUCGCCCAAUGCAAGCAAUCAGGCGCCCUCUGUGCUCUCGCAGGGUGCAGAUCCCAAUGCAAAGAUCAAGGAGGCCAAGGCAAAGAUGCCAAAUGCAUCCAAAAAGGAGAAAUCGGUCGAAGCCAUCACUGCCAGCAUGGGCCGGCUCGAGAUGGAUCCACCAGCCGAGUAUCUGGCACGCCGUCUGGCGCUAUUCGAGCAACUCAAAGCCGAGCAAGACGCAGAGCUCAAGAACAAAGCAAAGGAGGUCAUAGAGAUCACCUUGCCGUCCGGUGAUGUGAAGAAAGGAACCUCUUACGAAACGAGUCCAAUGUCGAUCGCGCUCGACAUUUCAAAGGGUUUGGCAGAAAAGACCGUCAUCGCCAAGGUCGAUGGGGACUUGUGGGAUCUCGAACGACCCUUGGAAAAGUCUUGCAAGCUCGAACUUCUCGACUUUGAAUCCAAAGAAGGCAAAAACGUGUUCUGGCAUUCUUCAGCGCACAUCCUCGGAGAGGCAGCCGAACGACAUUAUGGCUGUCAUCUCUGCAUCGGUCCACCUACAGAUGAAGGCUUCUUCUACGAAAUGGCAUUGCCAGACGGCCGGACAGUAGCAACGUCGGAUCUUGCGCCCCUAGAAACGCUCGCCAAGAAGGUCGUCUCCGAAAAGCAGCCUUUUGAACGAUUGACGGUCUCGAAGGAAAAUCUGCUCAAGAUGUUCGAGUAUAACCGAUUCAAGACCCAUAUCAUCAACGACAAGAUUCCAGAUGGCACUUCGACAACAGUCUACCGAUGUGGACCCAUGAUCGAUCUCUGUCGGGGUCCACAUGUACCUCAUACAGGCAAGGUCAAAUCAAUGGCCCUUCUCAAAAACUCUGCAUCUUACUUCUUGGGCAAGCAAGAGAACGAGCAACUGCAACGAAUCUACGGUAUCUCCUUCCCAGACGCGAAACAGAUGAAAGAAUACAAAAUCUUCUUGGAAGAAGCUGCCAAACGCGAUCACCGUCGAAUAGGCACAGAUCAAGAACUCUUCUUUUUCCACAACAUGAGCCCCGGCAGCUGUUUCUGGUUACCGCACGGCACUCGCAUCUACAACACUCUCGUCGACUUUAUCAAGUCUGAGUAUAGGAAACGAGGCUACAGCGAAGUCAUCUCGCCCAACAUGUUCUCGAACGAGCUCUGGAAAACAUCAGGCCACUGGCAGAAUUACAAAGACGAUAUGUUUACUCUCAAUGUGGAGAAGCAGGAGUGGGCAUUGAAGCCGAUGAACUGUCCAGGCCACUGCCUCAUCUUUGGAUCACGAGAACGAUCUUACAAAGAGCUCCCUAUCAGAAUGGCAGACUUUGGCGUUCUGCACCGUAACGAAGCAAGCGGUGCCUUAUCGGGUCUCACUCGCGUCAGACGAUUCCAACAAGACGAUGCACAUCAUUUCUGUACGACCGAGCAGAUCGAAGAUGAAGUCGCGGCCAUCUUCGAUUUCGUCAAACAUGUCUACGGUCUCUUCGGCUUCACGUUCCACAUGGAACUAUCGACGAUGCCCGAUAAUCAUCUGGGUGAUGUUGCCACUUGGCAAAAGGCAGAAGGCAUGCUCAGCGCUGCUCUGAACAAGUUUGCUCCCGGCCAAUGGGAAGAAAACCCAGGCGAUGGAGCUUUCUACGGACCAAAGAUCGAUAUCACCCUGAGCGAUGCACUCAAACGACGACAUCAAUGCUCGACCAUUCAGCUCGAUUUCCAAUUGCCGUCUCAGUUUAAGCUGGCUUUCCAUAAUGGCAAGACUCCCAACACGACCGAGAAAGUAGCCGAGGGAGCAUUACCUGCAGACCGAGAGAGACCCGUCAUGAUCCAUCGCGCCAUCAUGGGCAGUGUCGAGCGUUUCGUUGCCAUUCUUACAGAGCAUUUUGCUGGCAGAUGGCCUUUCUGGCUCUCACCGCGACAGAUCCUCGUCAUUCCCGUUGCUGCUCCACACAAAGCUUAUGCUACCGAAGUGGCAAAGAUGCUAUGGGAUGCAGGCCUCUAUGCAGAUGCAGACAUGACCGAUGCUACCCUUCCAAAGAAGAUCCGCAAUGGCGAGACGAGUCACUACAACUUCUUGCUAGUCGUGGGCAGUGAUGAGAUGGAUGGACGAUCGGUCAAUAUCCGUAAUCGUGAUGACAUUGGUGCAAAGGGCCGCACAGAGACUUUGCCGCUCGAAGACGCAGUUUCUCGGUUUGUUGCGCUCAAGACAGAACGUAGACUCGAGAACAGGAUCUAGCAUUGCAUCCUCUGCUGCUAGUACGGUGAGGACGAGAAUAUCUCGUUGCAACGGAACUCUUGCUGCUGCGUAUGAAGAGAAAGUCCCAAGACUAUGCUGAGAUUGAGAUUGCAC